AUGAAAGAUGCCAACCUUCAGUGUUUUCCUGUUCCUAGUUCUCUGAGAGGGGAGGACACAGACACAGGGAAAACCGUGGCCGCCAAGACUGCAAACAGCCAGGCUAACACAGGGAGGCAGAACUUACGGGAACGCGUGGGAGCCAGUGCCAGGGCGGAACGCUUAAACGGGAACCAAAGACACGCUGGAGGCUCCUCAGUGUGGACACCUCUGAGAGCUGUGAAGGCCGAGCUGUGCAGUUUCAGUGGGUACGAGAUCUACCCCGGACACGAGAGGUGCUACACCACGAAUGACGGGAAGGGUUUCCAGUUUCUUAAUGCAAAAUGCAAGUCGGCAUUCCUUUCCAAGAGGAAUCCUGGGCAGUUAAACUGGACUGUCCUCUACAGAAGGAAGCACAAAAAGGGACAGUCGGAAGAACUUCAAAAGAAAAGAACCCGCCGUGCAGUCAAAUUCCAGAGGGCCAUCACUGGUGCAUCUCCUGCUGAUAUAACAGCCAAGAGGAACCAGAAACCUGAAGUUAGGAAAGCUCAACAAGAACAAGCUCUCAGGGCUGUCAAGGAAGCAAAAAAGGUGAAGCAAACAUCUAAAGAGGCAGCAAUGGCUGCUGCUAAGGCUCCCACAGCGGCAGCACCUAAGCAGAAGAUGGUGAAGCCUGUGGAGGUUUCUGCUCCCUGUGUUGCUGGAAAACGCUAAGUUGGCAGAUGAGAUUCUUAAAUAAAGACCUGACUAUAACU